AUGCUCAACAUAUUCUUCCACCAAAUAUGCUUAUCAUCAUUCUCCACCAUCCUCUAUCACCAUCUACCCUCACCAUAUCUCCUCACAGCCUCCCUCCCAGCAUCUUGCCCAGCAUCUUACCUCAUGUCUUCCCACGCGCUUGACCGGGAUAGCAACAAUGAUCCCACCGAUGAGCCCACGGAGCCCGAACCCAUAGAUCCUCAUCCCUAUGGCGAGCAAAUUCAGAUUUUUAUCAACCCACAUGGAGAUCGACUGACUGCCGAAGAAGAAAUAUUCAUUCAUUUCGUGCGCCCUCUCGCCUACAGGCUCAUCCUCGAAAGUGUCUUUACUUACACCCAGGAAAUGCAGCAGAUCGUACAGGCCUCGGAGCUCACGCACAUUACCGCAUGA